GAUACUGCACAUGCGUCCUUGUCAAGAGUUGAGUUGAUUGUUCGAAUAUGAAUCAAARAAAUGUCUUCGGAGCUCCUCUUCAACCCUGUUCUACCGAUCCUAUGACUGGUUGGUACCGAGAUGGAUACUGCAAGACAGACAUGAAUGACCAUGGUGUACAUACGGUCUGUGCCAACAUGACGAGAGAAUUCCUACAGUAUACCAAAACAAAAGGCAAUGAUUUAUCAACUCCCAACCCAUAUUUUCCAGGACUACGACCAGGUGAUAGUUGGUGCCUUUGUGCCUUGAGAUGGAAGGAAGCUCAAGAGGCUGGGAAGGCACCCAAAGUCAACUUAGCUGCAACAAAUGAAGCCAGUCUUAGAUCUACUGGAAUAAGCCUUGAUGUACUGAAGCAGCAUGAUAGUAGUGGUCAGAAUGGUGUGAAUGAUGCACCUUCAAGUAUUCAUACAAACAGUCAUUGUGAUUCAAAUAAUGAUUUGUGUAAACCUCAAAGAUAGUUGAAUUCAAGACAAAUAUAUACAGUUGUGUAAGAUUUAAAAAUGUAAUUUAUUAUUGGACCCAGACCUAUAAUUAUGAAACCAAAGUUUAUAAGGAAGUCAUGGAAUUUUAAGUUUAAGUUUUGCUGAAAUAGUUUGUCUAGUAAAUAUACACCUACUUGCAAGAAGGUUGUCAUAUGCAUGAAUAGAACAUUAGUUCUUUUGUUUUUUGAUAUAAUUCCUAUCCCACUAAAUCAUCACUAAUGUUCUAUUUUCGUAUGACAACGUUCCUGUAAGUAGGUGUAUAUCCCUGUUAAUUAAGCAAACUACUUUAGAAUCUUGGACAAUUUAUAUUGUAUUAGCUUACUUCUACGCUUACACAGUUAAGGUGACUGACUACUUUUCAACAUUAUUUUGAUCUGACAUGUGAAUGUGCUCAAAAACUGCUGAAUAAUCUUCAUGAUUUUA